AUACUAUAAUAUUCAGAGUAUUUAAUUUUCAAACAUAAUGAAAUUCACAGAGCACUUAAGUGCUCAUAUCACACCAGAAUGGAGAAAACAAUAUAUAAAUUACGAGGAAAUGAAAGCAUUGCUCUAUGCAGCAGUAGAACAAGCACCAGCAGCAGAUAUAACAGAAUCCCACAUAUUGGAACGCUAUUUUAACAAGUUUGAUGAACAGUUUUUUCAUUAUUGUGAUAAAGAAUUGGCAAAGAUAAAUACAUUUUAUUCAGAAAAAUUGGCAGAAGCUACUCGCAGAUUUGCAUCUCUUAACAAUGAAUUGAGCGAAAUUUUAUCAGUCUCUGAAGACAAGCAAGGAAACCGUAAAAUUCGUUAUAGGAACAACAUUUUGCAAAAGAAACCAGUUUCAGCACGUAAACUUCAAGAACUAAAGUUGGCUUUCUCUGAAUUCUAUCUUUUUCUUAUUUUACUUCAAAAUUAUCAAAAUCUAAAUUUUACUGGAUUUAGAAAAAUAUUGAAAAAACAUGAUAAACUUUUAAAUAUAGAUAUUGGUGCAAAAUGGAGAGCAGAACAUGUAGAUACAGCAUUAUUUCAUACACACAAAGAUAUCGACAGGCUUAUCGCAGAAACAGAAGCAUUGGUUACCCGCGAUUUAGAACAUGGGGACAGACAACGUGCUAUGAAACGUUUGAGAGUACCCCCGCUUGGAGAACAAUUGUCCCCAUGGAUUACAUUUAAAGUUGGACUGUUUUCAGGAGCCUUUGUUGUACUGCUUAUAGCUGUAAUUCUUUCAGGUGCACAGUACAAAAAUGAUAAUAAUAAUUGGCGAGUUUUAUGUAGAUUGUAUCGCGGACCAUUGCUUAUGAUUCAGUUUCUUUUUCUUAUGGGUAUAAAUGUCUACGGUUGGAGAUCUUCUGGUGUAAAUCAUGUCUUAAUAUUUGAACUUGAUCCUCGAAAUCAUUUAUCAGAACAGCAUAUCAUUGAAAUGGCAAGCAUAUGUGGAUUGGUUUGGUCUUUAUCUGUUUUGGGAUUUUUAUAUAGUGAAACAUUAGGUAUACCACCGUUUGUUCAACCUAUUUUACUUUAUACACUAUUAGCCGUAUUUUUAUUUAAUCCAACAAAAACAUUACGAUACGAGGCUAGAUUUUGGGCGCUUCGUGUACUAGGCAGGAUAUUUUGCGCUCCGUUUUUCUAUGUUGGAUUUGCCGAUUUUUGGCUUGCCGAUCAACUUAAUUCCUUACAUACAGUAUUUUUAGAUUUUCAAUAUUUUGUUUGUUUUUACGUACAAAAUUCAUCGUGGACCGAUGUUACUGAUGCAGAAACUUGUAUAAUGCGAGAAUUGUCCAUGAGACCUUUCGUAGUUUGUUUACCAGCGUGGUUUCGAUUUGCACAAUGUCUACGUCGAUACAGAGAUACAAAAGAGACCUUUCCACAUCUUGCAAAUGCAGCAAAAUACGCUACCAGCUUUUUCGUUGUAGUUUUCUCAUAUUUACACUUAACUAAUUCUAAAUACUAUGUAAUGUCCACUGAAAAUCCAUAUUUCUACUUAUGGAUAACUGCAAGUAUAAUGAGUUCUUGUUUCGCGUAUACUUGGGACGUGAAAUUGGAUUGGGGAUUGUUUGAUAAUAACGCAGGAGAAAAUAAAUUUCUCCGAGAGGAGAUAGUUUAUUCUUCCCCGUAUUAUUAUUACUUCGCGAUAAUCGAAGACUUUGUGCUCCGAUUCGGCUGGGCAUUUUCUUUGUCCCUCACGGAGAUGGGAUAUGUUCAUGCAGACUUAAUGGUUUCUAUAGUCGCACCAUUAGAAGUGUUCAGGAGAUUCAUAUGGAAUUUUUUCCGUUUGGAAAACGAACAUCUAAACAAUUGCGGCAAAUUUAGAGCAGUCCGAGACAUAUCUGUUGCACCGGUUGAUUGCUCCGAUCAAACGCAAAUAUUAAGGAUGAUGGAUGCAUCGGAUGGGGUGAUUAAUCGAAAGAGGAAGCAAAAGGUCACGGAUAAAAGUAAACCGUUACGUGCGUCUUCCAAAUCCGAAUCUUUGAUUUGUGAUUUAGUUUCUUAAACGGAAUGUUAAUCUAUGUGUUAUGGAUAAAUGUAAAGAAACUGAUGCUAGUCGUUAAAGUACAAAGAUAUACCAGAGUGAUUCUUUAAACUAUGUUAAAUAUGAGAAAUUAACACUGUUUUAAUUUAUAAUAUUCUAUCAUGUUGUAAGAUUAUCAACAGUUACGCCCUUAUACGCGCAUACGUACUCUUCGGCAUGGUUUGAAUUUAAAUUUUCCGCGCUGCGCGCCACAUCGCGGCGAGAAUCGAUAUUUUCGAGAUGUUCGUCGAUACAGUUACGCACAGUAAAUUUGAAUUUAAAAGAGCUGCGGUCAAAACUUCAUACAUACAAAUACAAAUUUCUUUUUUAAUUAUAUCGACAAAUU